AUGCGAUCUGAUGCAGUCAAACUAUCACCAACAGACUAUGAUUAUAUUAUGCAAUAUAAAGAUGCAAAAUCCAAACCUCUAGAUAUGCUUGGAGACAAAUAUCCUAUGUCGUAUACUCGUUUUUAUCAGAUAUGGAAGGGAAAAGAGGUUUGUACAAAUACUUGGAAACUAUCUUUAGCUGAUUCAGAAAAUGAUAUUCCGAAACCUGUAGUUGUGGGAAAGACAAAAAAGAGAUCCAAAUUCAAAUCCGUUCACAUAUCUGAUCCGCCUUCUGAUAGUAAAGAUUUGACAGAAAAAAUAGGCGGUGACUCACAAAGUUCGGUUGUUUUUACUACAGAUGUAAUUACCCGGCUUGAAAAACUUGCACAACAAAUUUUAAAUUUUUUAAUGAUAAUAUGUUCGGCUCUAAUGUUAUGGAAAACGUUAUCACUUUAUACCAAUACAUUUUUCAGGGGAGAUUUAUUAUUUUUAACUAUGCCAAAGGAACCAGUGAAAGUAGGUGAUAUUGUAGUAUUUAAGAUUCAAGGGAGAGAAGUGCCAAUUGUUCAUAGAGUAAUAAAAUUACAUAAUAAAGCUCAAUCAGAUAAACAAUACAUUUUGACUAAAGGGGAUAAUAAUCAAGUAGAUGAUAGAGGUUUAUAUAAUAAAAAUCAAUUCUGGAUUCAUAAAGAACAUUUAGUUGGAAAAAUUUCUGCCUUAUGUUGGAAUGAUUACUAUAUCACUCUGGAUAUAAAAGCCUCUGAUAAGAAAGCUAUAAUAAAAUUGUAUUUAAAUCCUCUCAUGAUAGUUCCAGAGACUUAUAGUAUAUCAAAAAUGCCUAAUUCUCAUAAUGCAUUUUCAAAAUGUUAA